CACAAUGUCAAACAAGGAGGUGAAGGCUGCCUUGAAGAGCGCUAGAGAAGCAAUACGAAAUAAAGAUUAUAAGGAAGCCUUAAAACAUUGCAAGGCAGUCUUGAAGCAAGAAAAAACUAACUACAAUGCUUGGGUGUUUAUUGGCCUGUCAGCUGCUGAGUUAGACCAGCCUGAUCAGGCCAAAGGAGCAUACAAGAAGGCUAUUGAAUAUGAACCAAACCAGUUACUGGCAUGGCAGGGAUUAGCAAAUCUUUAUGAGAAAUCCAACCAAGCAGAUGUCAAAGAAGACCUGGCAGAGGUUUACCAAAAGCUCUUGGAACUCUACAAGAGUAGUGACAAGCAGAAAUGGUGUGAUGUAUGUAACAAGCUUGCAGAACUCUAUCAUCAAGAGAAGAAAUGCUUAGAGGUGGCUGAGUUAUGGCAGAAGCUCAUAGAUAUGAAACAGGAGGAAGGUGCAGAACAGGCAGAGCUUCAUCAGCUUUGGAAGAAGAAGAUCCAGUUCCUGAAGGACAGUACACAGGACCAGGAUAAUAAGACUGAGCAGUUGCUUUUGUCUGCAUUUGAACAUGCCCUGAACUCUGCUGGCACUGUUCCUGGUGAGGACCACCAGCGUCUCUACAAGGACUUUAUUCAGUGUUUGAGCAAGCUUCCUCAUGAAGCAGCUAGGUUGGAGAAGGCCUGUAAGGAUAUGAUGGCCUUGUAUCCUGCUGUCACCUAUCCUUUGGAAGUACUUUCCUUGCACUUCCUUCAGUCAGGUACUUUGUCAGAAGAGGCCCUGGACUGUUUCUCCAGGCUUUUGGAGAUGGAUGCAAGCAAUGGUCUAGGCAUCAUUAGUUGUGGUAUCAAAUGCCUGCAAGAAAAGAAAUACAGGGAGGCCAUAAAGAAUCUUACUGAAGGUCUGCAGAAGACCAGCCAGUGUCCAGCAGCAUGGCAUUAUUUGGCAGAGGCAUACAUGAGAAUUCACAGGCACAGGGAUGCUCUCCAGUCCUGCAAUAAAGCUCUUCAGGCUCUUGGAACGGCUGAGGGUCCUAGUCUUCGGUGGAAGAACCUUGUCCUGCAGUUGAAAGCAGAGGCUUUGAUUAAAACAGCUGAUGCUGAUGCUGCGGAAGAAGCCAUUCAAGCACUCGAUCAGAUUGUGGAUGCAAGCAGUGAUCCAGUGGUUUUAGCUGUCAGGGGUCAGGCUUACCUAAAGAAAGGCUUAAUUAAUGAAGCUUCAAAGAUUUCACAAGAGCUUCUUUUGUCCCACCCUGAUCUGGCGGAGUCCCAUGCUCUGGAGGGUUUCAUCCAUUACUCCCAAAAGAACUAUGAACAGGCAGAAAAAAGUUUUCUGAAUGCUAUUGAAAGAAAGGCUGAAACUGCAGAGUACCACGAGUGCCUGGGGCUCACAUACUGGUUCAUGAGUGAUGAGACGAGAAGAGACAAAGGAAAAGCCCUUACUCAGUUCCUGAAGGCUGCAAAAUUGGACAGCAGCUUGGGCAGUGCCUUUCGUUACAUGGGCAACUACUACAGAGAUGUUGCUGAGGACAAAAGCAGAGCUCGUGGGUGCUAUAAGAAGGCUUUUGAGCUGGAUGGAGCUGAUGAAGAGUCUGGAACAGCAGCUGUAGACCUAAGCAUGGAACUCGAUGACAUGGACACUGCUCUGUCAAUCCUGAAUGAGGUGACUGCAAAAGCAGGCAGUGGUGCAGCCAAAUGGGCCUUCAUUCGUCGUGGGCUGUACUACCUGAGAAUUGAUCAGCCAUCCAAAGCAGUGCCUGAUUUGCAGGCAGCGCUCAGGGCUGAUCCAAAAGAUGCCAACUGUUGGGAGUGCCUAGGGGAGGCUUACUUGAGCAGAGGCAGCUACAUGACAGCUCUGAAAUCCUUCAGGAAAGCCAGUGAGCUGAACCCAGAGCUCACAUACAGCUUUUACCAAGCUGCUGCAAUUGAGCAGGCCCUAGGCAAAUAUCAGAGUGCUAUAGCUGCCUAUCAAGAGAUCCUGAAGAAGACAGAAGAUUAUGUGCCUGCACUGAAAGGACUUGGUGAGUGCCAUCUCAUCCUGGCAAAGUCAGCCCUGGAGAACUAUUUUGAUAGGAAGGCUGUGGGUUACAUAGAGCAAGCUCUUGAAUCAUUUACCAGAGCAGCCAAGCACCGUCCUGAUGUAUCUUGUGUCUGGAAACUGCUUGGAGAUACCUGCACAAGUGUGCAUCUCAUCUCGCCAACCACAGCCAAUGUCCAAGUCCCAGCAUCCCUUCUGGGUCAAAAUGAAGGCAAAGAGGUGCUGAAGAAAAGUGAGCUGCUCAGUCUGGGAGGAAGGUGUUACAGCAGAGCCCUGAAGCUGAUGCAUUUGCCCAGCAUUUGGUGUGACUUGGGGAUAAAUUACUAUCGACAGGCAGAGCACCUCACAGCAGUGGGCACUGACACCAGCGAGACCAGCGAGCUGCUGGAGAAGUCCUUACAGUGUCUCAAAAAAGCUGUGAGGCUUGACAGCAAAAACCAUCUGUAUUGGAAUGCACUUGGUGUAGUUGCUUCCUGUAGUGCUAUUGGGAAUUAUGCUCUGGCUCAGCAUUCCUUCAUCAAAUCGAUCCAAGCUGAGCGAAUCAAUGUUGCUGCCUGGACCAACUUGGGGGUUCUAUAUCUGACGACAGGACACAUUGAGGUAACUGUCUAUCCUCAAGAUUAG